AUGGCUUCCCAGAUUCUCCCCCUUGAAUUGAUUGACAGGUGCAUCGGUUCCCGCAUAUGGGUGAUCAUGAAGAACGAUAGAGAAUUUACCGGCACCCUGCUCGGGUUCGAUGAUUUCGUCAACAUGGUCUUGGAGGAUGUGACCGAGUACGAGACGACUCCUCAGGGAAAGAAGAAAACAACGUUGAAUCAGACUCUGCUCAAUGGGAACAAUAUCUGCAUGCUGAUCCCUGGCAGCUCGGGACCAGAGGACGUAUGA